CCACUCGCUCGAGCUUUAAUCAGAUUACAUUCCCAAAAUCGUUUGAGCUUUUCUGUGAAGAAGAAUUAAUAGUUCUCAGUUACAGACAUUACAAAGUGCAAAACACAGGUCUCUGGAAUAGAUCUCAAUCUGUUGACUCGAGCUUUGUUGCCGGAAAACACUUGAACCUCAGCCACAGGUAUUACAUCCUGGAAGAUUUUUCAUCAGCAAAAACCACAUCUAAAGCAAUUACCUCUUGCCUUAAAACACGAACGUCAUAACAUGAAAUUCCAAAAGUAAAUUCGGUCGAGUGCUUGUCACGCUUUUUGCUUGACCUUUAGAGUUUAUAUAGUAAUAAGAAUUACAGGGUCUCUAUUCAAAAUCAAAACAGUUUCAAAGGGAAAUCUGGAAAUGUUGAUGAUGUUGACACAACUCUCAUCCACGCAGAUGAUAGUAAGUCUAGUUCCGUCUCGAAAACAGCACAAAAUGAGCUCAUCCGCUACAGAAGCACACGCACAUCCGGAUGACGAACCUACUUCUUUUCAUGUAAGGUGCGGCUAGAUAAAGACGAGUUAAUCCUCUGCAAAAGACUAUUCCCACACGCCACAAGGGAAGCAGUUAGUCAUGGAAAACACCAGCAUGAAUGAUCCAUCUGUUGAACCAGUCAUAACCAAAAUAAACUGUUUACACUUAGAAGAACAAUGGAUCGCUGCGAAGGAAAUCUUCCUGACAUACCUGAUCCUGAUCGUGGUAAACUCGCUAACGGCUCUGACAGCAAUAAUCGGCAACAUGUUAAUUCUCCUGGCCGUGUCGAGAACGCCGACGCUUCGAACUCCGUCGAACACUCUUCUCUGUUGCUUGGCGUUCGCGGAUUUGCUAGUCGGCCUCGUCGUUCAACCGACUUACACUCUACAAAUGGUCUUCGAAAUACAAAGAAACGCUAAAGCGUUUUGCAUCGCCAAGAUCAUGACCACUGGUUCGCUAUCUUGGAUUUGCGCGGGAGUUUCUUUCUUCGUCAUAUCGGCCAUUUCAGUCGAAAGACUUCUCGCUAUAAAACUACACUUGAGAUAUAAAGCGCUGAUCACAAUUCGUCGCGUCCUAACCGCGGUGGUGGGUUUCUGGAUUCUCUGCACCGCCUUGACAACCGCGCGCUUCUUAGGCGCCUCGUACCAAAGCCUCGUCAUAAUCAUCGUGGUAAUGGAUGUGGUGUGCAUUGCCAUCACAGUGUACGCGUACCUGAAUAUUUACCUCCGUGUUCGAGAACUUCAGAACAAUCAGAUGCAUCUCGCUCCGCCUGGAAUGAAUAUCAGCAGCUUCAAACGCUCUGCGGUCACCGUGUUGUAUAUAAUGGCCCUUUUCCUCGCUUGCUACAUCCCGUUCCUCUCAAUGUUGGUGGUCAGAAUGCGUCAAGGCGGAACCCUUAAACUGAACAUCAUCUACAACUUCACAACCGCAAUAGUUUACAUGAACUCUUCACUGAAUCCCUUUAUUUACUGUUUUCGCAGCAAGGACAUUCGCAUCGCUGUGUUCAAGUUACUUGGUAGGAAAUACACGAUUGAUUUCAACGGAGAUGUAGUUCCUGUCAAGAAGCUCAAGAACGCGGCUUCAGCGACUCUGCUUCAACCUUUAGCAACUCUGCAAGGAUUGGCUGAGGUUCCUGAGAGUCAAGUUUAACAUGCUUACGUCGUCAUACGUCGUCAUGUUCGUACGUUGUUCCAUUCGUUACAAACAAACUGGUCGAAAAAUUAAUUCUAACCUCUCAGACAAAAAUGUAACUCUAGGAAGACAAAAUUAGGUUGUCAUACAUGAAAACGAAACCUCCGGAGAGUACUUGAGAAAUUAAGACUCGAAAACUAGCACCCCAAUAUGUAUAUUUUUAAUUUAUUUGCGACACGUUUUCUGUUUCGGCGGGUUCUUAAUCUUGUUAACAGCUUACGAAAUUUAAUACAUACCAUCUUUUUGAUGUUACUGUACUGAAGGUUAACUAGAAGUAAAGGAUGCUUUGUGUAAAACUGAGUCCUAGAGAAACUUCGCUGCGGGAUAUUAGAAUUUCCUGAACAGAUAAUGUUCAUGAACAUAUGUCUUGUCUGUCAGUGUUCUAACACGCACAAACCGGUAUCGCGAAAGCGCAUGAAACCGCAUGGAAAUACAGGUACACUUACCCAUACAAAAUUUUAUUUCUAAGAGAUUUUUUCACCUUUACAAGAGGAUGUACCUCAACAUGUUGAGCAGUAUAAUGGGAGUGACAGCUCGUCUUUCCUUGUCCUUGAGUUA